AUUAUCAAAAUUAGGUGGCGCGAAAAUAACGCCCUUUCUCUUUAAUAAUCUCUCAUCUCUCUGAUCCUUCAAUCGCCCCCGGAUUUCUUCUUCCUCAUCCUCAUCUUCACGAGCAUUCCUCAUCGAAAUAGAUUAACUCCGAUCUGGGUUUUGUAUUCGCCCAAUUCGAUCUCCGAAGGGGCAAAGAAGAUUCCGCUAGGAGAAUCAAUCAAUUCACGAGAUUGCUCCUUUUUUAUUUUAUUUGUGGAAAUCGAUUUCAUCUUUCCUGCUGUUUAGCUCGAAUGCAGAAAGAACUGAGAGGCGUGAACUACUGAAUCCACUCAAUGCAACUUUGUUUCCUUAGCUUGAAUGGAUGUAUCAACAGAUACCACAAGACCAAGAAGACGUCUUGUUCCAUCCGAUAAGAACAAUGCACCCCCUGCCACUCGCCGUCCUCAAACAAAGGAAGUCAGUUCAAGAUACAGAUCACCCACACCAACCAGAACCGCCCGAUGCCCUUCUCCAAGCGUCACAAGGCCAACAGUUUCUUCAACCUUAGCUGCUAAAAGAGCCGUUUCUGCUGACAGGAAGCGUCCUUCAACACCUCCCUCUCCCACCACUCUCUCCAUACGCGACGUCUCUAUAGACUUGCCAGCUUCAUCUAGGCGUCUAUCUACAGGAGGUCGUUUGCCUGAAAGCUUAUGGCCUUCGACCAUGAGAAGCCUCACCGCUUCGUUUCAGUCGGAUACUGUCUCAAUCCCUGUUAGUAAGAAGGAGAGACCGGUGAGAAGCUCUUCCGUUGACCGAACGCUGAGACCUUCUUCAAACAUAGCUCAAAAGCACAAGGCUGAAACGACCUCUGUGUCAAGGAAACCAACGCCAGAGAGGAAGGUAAGUCCAUUGAAAGCGAAGAAGAAUGCGCCUGAUCUUUCAGAGAAUCUUUCAGAAAAUCUUUCUGAGAACUCGAAACCUGUAGAUGGUGCUCACAGUAGGUUAAUAGAACAGCAUCGAUGGCCUAGUAGAAUUGGUGGAAAGAUCGGUUUAAACAGAAGCUUGGAUCUUGGCGACAAGACUACAAGGGGUUCAUCAACUUCAGGGUCUCGAAUGGGACCGUCUCUUAGGAGAAUGUCACUACCUUUGUCCAGCAGUUCGAAAGCGUUGCAUAAAGCUUCUAGUACCGCAUCUAGUCUAGGUGGAUUACUGUCUCCAACGAAGUCGGAAGAUAAUAACAUAACUCAAACUACUGGGCCUCAGAGACUUUUGUCUGCAAGUUCUAUGGAUAGAGCAACCUUAGCAACAGCUGUAGCUAGGCUGCAUCCAUUGUCUGCUCCUGGAUCUCGCCCUGCUUCACCAAGUAGAACAUCUUUUUCGUCUUCAUCGCGAGGCAUGAGUACUUCAAGAGGAGUGAGUCCUGCUAGAGGGGUGAGUCCUGCAAGAGGUUUGAGUCCUUCACGUGUCACAGGUUCCUCCUCUUUUGCUAGACCAUCAACUCCACCUUCAAGAGGGGUAAGUCCUUCCCGGAUAAGACAAACAAGCAACUCUACACAAUCCAGCACCACAAGUUCUGUUCUCAGCUUCAUCACGGAUGUCAAGAAAGGAAAAAAAGCAAGCUACAUCGAAGACGUUCAUCAACUGCGUCUUCUCCACAAUAGAUAUCUACAGUGGCGGUUUGCAAUUGCGCAAGCUGAAGCUGUAAUGUACAUUCAAAGAUUAACAUCCGAGGAAACUCUGUUUAAUGUGUGGCAUGCGAUAUCAGAGCUACAGGAUGAUGUGACCAGCCAGAGGAUUGGUCUGCAACAGCUAAAGCUAGAGAUCAAACUCAACUCACUACUAAACGACCAAAUGGUGAGUCUUGAAGAAUGGGCCGCGCUUGAAAGAGACCAUGUUAGCUCUUUAGUUGGGGCCAUAGCAGAUUUAGAAGCAAAUACUCUUCGCCUUCCAGUGACUGGAGGAACAAAGGCGGAUGUUGAAUCUUUGAAAGCUGCUAUGUCCUCGGCUCUUGAUGUAAUGCAGUCUAUGGGAUCGUCUAUUUGGUCUUUACUCUCAAAGGUGGAGGAGAUGAAUAAAAUGGUAUCAGAACUCGCUGUUGUUGUUAAUAAAGAGAGUUCUAUGCAAGGGAAAUGCGAAGAUCUUCUGGCCUCAACUGCGAUCAUGCAGAUAAAAGAGUGUAGCCUCAGGACUCAUCUGAUACAAACUAGCAGAGAAGGAGAAGAAGAUGCAGAGGAGGAGACUCCUCCCUUGUUGCCAUUAAGCAAGUUUCCAUGGCCAUAAAUAACACGCUUACAGUUCCACACGCUCACCACUGAUGACUGGAUCACCUGUAAAUUGCUCUUUGAUGCUCGCUCCCACAUUUCUCUUGUCUUGUUAGAAGUCUUUUUUUUUGGUAUGAAACGUUAGCAUAGGAACACAGGAAGUGAAAGAUCUCUAGUUCGAAAGUCUUUGGUAAAGAAGGAAAAAGCAAUUUAUUUGUUCACAUGUAAGCUCUGAUGUGGGUUUUUAGGCGUUCACUUAUAUGUAGAGUCAAUUUUUAAUAUUAAUUUAUUUUAUUACAAA